AUGAAGUAUAAUAAGUCAAGGAUAAUUUGGUCAUUUUGUGUAAAGGUUUGGGGCCAAUCCCUUAUUUCUUCAAAACCAGCCAACAACCACAACACACCAACCAGUGUGAUAUCCAUGGCGCAGUUGUCGCUACCAAUUUUCGUCUUCUGUGCGGUUGUCAUCGUGGUUACAGGUUCCACCUUUGAUGAGUCAAAUGUUAUUCAGUUGACCUCAGACCUUGAGUCACAAGUGCUCGAGGUGAUCGGACAGAGCCGACAUGCUCUCUCCUUUGCACGAUUCGCUCGUCGUUAUGGCAAGAGCUACCACUCCGCCAACGAGAUCCAGCACCGUUUCCGGAUUUUCUCCGAUAAUGUCAGACUCAUCAGAUCUACCAACAAGAGGCCUCUCACUUACACACUCGGCAUUAAUCAUUUUGCUGACUGGACAUGGGAAGAGUUUACAAGACACAGACUUGGCGCUGCUCAGAACUGCUCCGCUACAUUCAAAGGCAACCACAGACUCACAGAUGCUGUUAUUCCCGAAGAGAAAGACUGGAGAAAAGAAGGUAUAGUCAGCGAAGUUAAAGAUCAAGGUCACUGUGGAUCUUGCUGGACAUUCAGCACAACUGGUUCUUUGGAGGCAGCAUACGCACAGGCCUUUGGGAAAAAUAUCAGUCUCUCUGAGCAGCAGCUAGUAGACUGUGCCGGUCCUUUCAACAACUUUGGCUGUCAUGGUGGGUUACCAUCCCAAGCAUUUGAAUACAUUAAGUACAAUGGUGGCCUUGACACUGAGGAAGCAUAUCCCUACACCGGAGAAGAUGGUGUCUGCAAAUUUACAGCUGAAAACGUUGCUGUUCGAGUCAUUGACUCUGUUAAUAUCACUUUGGGUGCUGAGCAUGAAUUGAAACAUGCAGUUGCUUUUGUUCGGCCAGUUAGUGUGGCAUUUGAGGUGGUGGACGACUUCCGAUUCUACAAAACAGGAGUUUACACUAGCAACACUUGUGGCAGCAAUCCCAUGGAUGUAAACCAUGCCGUUCUUGCUGUUGGGUAUGGAGUUGAAGAUGGUGUUCCAUAUUGGAUCAUUAAAAAUUCGUGGGGAAGCAACUGGGGUGACAAUGGCUACUUCAAAAUGGAGUUUGGAAAGAAUAUGUGCGGUGUUGCAACCUGUGCAUCGUAUCCUGUUGUGGCUUAA